GUCAAAGCGGAGAGAAAAGUCCCCUCUGAGCUUCCGUACCUUAUGAAAGCUAAGGUGAAUUAGCUUCGUUGCUCACUGGGCAUGCUGGAGUGCUGACAUUGAGAAACACAACGCCAGUGUCCGCUUGUUACUCUGUGUGGAAUAGUGAAAGGAUCCUCAUCAUGGUGUCAGGAAAGCGUCUGGCUGACAUCGGCUACCGGGCCUUUUCUGCCUCGAUGAUGCUGCUGACGCUGUACGGAGGCUACCUGUGUGCGAUGCGAGGAUACCGCUACAUGGACAGGCAGAAACAGCUGAAGCUGGCGGCAGAGAACCAGGACCAUGAAGUCAUCAAAGACUGACAUCAGAUGGACUGCCCUUCUUUUUGCACACGUGGACAUUUCCCCAUUCCUCCUCGUCUUCGUCAGUCGCUAAAUCGUGAAGACGUCUAUCCUCCUCGGGAUGUUUGUGUGAUUUCAGUGAGCAUCCGGGGCCCUUGCAAGGAUCGUUUGUAAAUCUUCACUACGCAAAUUAACCGAGAACACGUUAUUUGCAUCAGUGACCAGUGUCAAAUCCAGGAGUGAAGAUGGCUGUAAUUGUUUCUAAUGUAUGAUAUUAAAUACCUUUAAACACA